GGACUCAAGUCCCGUCACUAACGCUGUCCCCAUCGUGUCCCUGGGACGGUGGCACGUGUCCCUGCAGGGUGAGCUCCGUGCUUAACCGGGAUGUGAAGCAAUUUGGGAAGAAGCACAUGUUUGACGCGAGCGAGGAGACGUGCUGGAACUCGGACCAGGGUGAAGAACCAGUGAAAAUAUCCGACCUGUACCCCGAGGACAUCAACGCCAUGCAGAGAUUCCAGGUGGAGGAGACUGUGCUGGAUAAGCUGAAGAUCACCUUUGAGAAGAGCACAGACUUCUUUGGGAGGAUUGUGGUGUACCACCUCGGGGUGCUGGGGGAGAGGCUGUAG